UUGAUUGUACUAUUUUUGUGAUUGUAUUUUUUUGAAAGUGAGAUGGGAAACAGUAGCGUACAACCCUCGCGUUGUAGGAAAUUCUCAGCCGUAUGAGAAUGACUGUGACUGUGCAGCAGGGAAGGAGCCUGUUUCACGAUGUGUUGUGCUGUGCUUUAAUUUCGUGUGGUUAGUUUUAAGCUAUGGCUUCAGAUGAAGCAGACAGUUACCCGUUACAUGAAUGUGUGUUCCGCGGAGAUGUUAGGAAAUUGUCGGCGCUCUUACGGACCCAUGAUCUGGCGAAAAAGGAUAAACAUGGAAAUACUCCACUCCAUUUGGCAGUGAUGCUGGGCAGAAAAGAAUGUGUUCAUUUGCUUCUUGCACAUGGGGCGCCAGUUAAGGUGAAAAAUAUUGCAGGAUGGAGCCCUUUGGCUGAAGCAAUUAGCUAUGGUGAUAGACAGACAAUCUCCUCGCUAGUGCGGAAGUUGAAGCAGCAGGCUCGAGAACAGAUGGAAGAGCGAAGACCUUCUUUAGUAGCAGCGCUGAAUCAGAUGGGCGAUUUUUAUAUGGAACUGAAAUGGGAUUUCCAGAGUUGGGUGCCAUUGGUGUCUAGAAUUCUUCCAUCUGAUAUAUGCCGUAUUCAUAAACGUGGUUCCUCAAUACGCUUGGAUACAACUCUUGUGGAUUUUAAUGACAUGCGGUGGGAGAGAGGUGACAUUAGCUUUAUCUUCAAUGGAGACAGGAAACCUGGACAAUCACUGACAGUUUUAGAUAACAAGCAAUGCCUAUAUCAGCGAGUGAGGUAUGAGGAAACAGAAGUUGAAAUAGAGGAUGAAGUUGAUAUUUUGAUGAGUAGUGACAUUAUGGCUGCUCAGAUGUCAACAAAAUCUAUCACUUUUUCACGUGCACAAACGGGUUGGAUAUUUCGAGAAGACAGGAAGGAAAUGGUCGGGCCUUUCCAUGCAGAUUUUUAUGUAAUCAAUGGAAUGUUACUUGAAUCAAGGAAGAGGAGAGAACAUCUGUCAGAAGAAGAUCUGCAAAAAAAUAAGGCAAUCAUGGAAAGCCUGACAAAAGGCAGCACGCAAGGGUUUGACAGUAAUGGAGAGCCAGUUAGAAGACCAUCACUGUCACCUCCACCUGAGAGCAAAGUUACCUGGGAAGAAUACGUUAACAGUGAUGUUGGUGCUCAUCCCACAUUAGGAAGGGAAAUGGUGUAUAAAGAAACGAGCAAAUCAUUCAAGGCCACAGUGGCAAUGAGUCCAGAUUUCCCAUUAUCAGUGGAAAUGCUUUUAAAUGUACUGGAAGUUAUUGCACCUUUUAAACAUUUUAGUAAACUUCGUGAAUUUGUUUUAAUGAAACUUCCACCUGGAUUUCCUGUUAAAAUAGAUAUUCCAAUUCUUCCAACAGUUACAGCCAAGAUAACAUUCCAGGAAUUUGCAUUUAGGAAUGACAUCAAAGCAGAGCUUUUCGAAAUACCUUCUCACUAUGUAGAAGAUCCUACAAGAUUUCCAGAAUUAUGACACCUCGACCAAAUAAUGUUAAUUGAAAUAAAUUACCGAUAUCCUUUGGUUAACAACAACACCAACAAACCUAAUGAUCAUAACAGUGCUAUGCCCACUGAAGAAAUCCUAAUAAAGGCACAUCCAUCAGCUUCUGUGUUCAAAUCAUCUUCAAAGACUUUAUUUAAAAAGAAAGACUUUGAGUUCAUUUUUUAUGAAAGUAUAACAUCUAGAUUAACUGAUAUUGGAAAUCAGUUCCGCAGAACUAGUGAACCAAGUAAUAGUUCAACAGAAGAGGAAGAACAUCAUGCUAAAGAUAUUGUUGUGCUUGUCAGUGAAAGGAGUAACGAAAAUAAAAUUUUUAAUGAAGUACAAAAUGCUGUUGCUGUACCCAAUAAUAAAAACCGGUUACCAACUCUUAGAACUCUGUGUCCAUCCACAACAGUCAACAGCAUACUGAACCCCAGUGUGACAGUUUCACAAUCAAUUGCUCUUGAGUUUCCAUUACCAUUUAACUUAGGCAGUAGUUACUCCAGUCACUGUACAUUUUAUUUGGAAAAGUGUGUAUCACAAAGGUAGGGGGAAAUUUCAAGUUUCUUCUCCAGCGUAGAGCUCACUGCAAGUGAUUUUAGUUUUGUAUUGUCUCCAAGUGAUUAUGUGUUUCUCACAUAAUCUUUAGAAACAAGUACUCACAAGGAACGGAUAUUCACCAAAGGAAGCCUACAACACUCCCAGAGUCCUUGAUGGUAUGGUGUUAAAUUGGAUUAUUUACAUGGCUGUGUUACUCAUGAAAGUUAGGCAAUAAAUUUCUUAAUCAAAGAUGUGAAAAUGAGAAAUGGAUGCAUGCGUGCGCGUCUUGUGUAUUUAUUGGGAAUUUAUUUUUUGAAUGGUUUUGUGACAGAUUUGUACAGUUAUCAUUUUAUAAUAAAUUUAGGCUGUUAAUUAAAAUUGAAGUCUGCACUGAAAAUGAUAAAUAUUGUUUAGUGUGUUUUGUAUUAUAAGUAAGUUUAUUAAACUAAACAAACAUUUUAUAUGACAAAUUUUGUUAACUUCAUAUUUUGGUUUGGAAUCUUGUAUAAUUGUAUAAAUACAAAAAAAUAUUAGGUGUAUUAAAAUAUUUGUUAUUUUGAAUAAAGUGAUUGCAGUGUGUUGUUUCUAUGCCUUAA